AUGUUGGCCGACAGCCUGGUGGAGGAGUUCGAGAUCCGCGAUGAUGAGCCCUGGUACGAUCAGCAGGACCUGCAGCAAGAUCUGCAUCUUGCUGCUGAGCUUGGGAAGACAUUAUUGGAUCGUAACACAGAACUGGAGGAAUCUUUGCAGCAAAUGUAUGCAACCAAUCAAGAGCAACUACAAGAGAUAGAGUACCUUACAAAGCAAGUGGAGCUCUUACGUCAGAUGAAUGACCAGCAUGCAAAGGUUUAUGAACAGCUGGAUGUUACAGCAAGAGAACUGGAAGAUGCUAAUCAAAAACUAGUUGUGGAUAGUAGAGUGUCACAACAAAAGAUAUUAAGCCUGACAGAGACUAUUGAAAGUCUGCAAACCCAUAUAGAUGACCUUCAGAGACAAGUGGAGGAAUUGAAGAAAUCUGGACGAGGCCAUAUGAACCAUGAGAGAUCUGAGCAGCCACGAUCCGUGCACAGCUUCUCAUGUUUGAAGGAGCUGUAUGACCUUCGCAAGUAUUUUGUUUACGAUCAUAUUUUUGCAGAAAAAAUUACUUCAAUGGAUAGUCAGCUGAGUCCCAUAGAAGAAGAAAAUGAGAACUUAAAAAAGGCUUUGACUGUAUUACAAGCCCAACUUAAUCUUGAAAAGGAGAAAAGAGUGACGAUGGAAGAGGAAUAUCAACUUAUGGUAAAGGAGAACUGUGACCUUGAACAGAGGCUGGUUGAUAAAGACUUAUACCGGGCUCGGGCAGAAGAGCUUGAAUUAGAAGUGGCUGAAAUGCGGCAGAUGUUUCAGUCUGAAAACACAUUUGUCAACAGCAUGGAGAAUCUAGUUCCAGAAUCAUUUUUUAUUUCAUUUAAAGAGUCUUUAGAAAGGGAAAUUAGUCAAAGCCCUUCAGAGGAUGCAUCCUUGACUGUCCCCCAGCUUGAUAAAAGGGCCCUAAAAAGAAGCAGCAGUGAGACCUUCCUAAGCAGUGCUGCAGGAGGAGACCUUCUAAAGGGCCAUGAAGAAACCUGUAUUAGAAGAGCUGAAGCUGUGAAGCAGCGAGGCAUCUCCUUGCUUAAUGAAGUGGACGCUCAGUAUAAUGCUCUGAAGGUUAAGUACGAGGAACUUCUGAAGAAGUGUCAAAUGGAUGAAGAUUCUUUGAAACAUAAGGCUGUACAAACCUCAAAACCGUAUUCCAAAGACACUAGUGUGGGGAACAUCCAGUCUGACCGUUCAGCUACUGAUCAAGAGUAUGGAAAUGUUGAACUAACGGGCUCACCCACAAAUGCUAUACCUGAAUAUAAAGCUCUCUUUAAGGAAAUUUUUAGUUGUAUCAGAAAAACAAAGCAAGAAAUAGAUGAACAUAGAACAAAAUAUAAGCGUUUCUCUUCUCAGCCCUAA